AUGAAGGCAAUGGCUCUAGACCCUAAUUAUGCCCGGAACUAUAGAGGAUUUGCUACUGGUGGUUUGGCAGGCCAAGUACUUGUGUUGACAAAGAAGUCUUGGGGAGGUUACCAUAAGAAGGAUGAUACAGUCUUAGUUAUUGGAUGGGGAACAAGUGUCAAGAUUGCAGCGAUUCGAACAGAUUUAUCUCAGGGAUUCAAUGGCCUACAAAGGACUAUCACCACAGCUAGUUCUGAGAAGUAUGUGGACGUUGUAGGCUCAUUCCAAACAGGAAGUAGCAAUGCAGGUGGACAGUGGGCUGCUGGCGAUGAACCUUUGUAUUACAUUGUGUCUCCUAAGGACAUAGUGGUUGCAAAGCCAAGAGAUGCUGAAGAUCAUAUUGCUUGGCUUCUUCAACAUGGUUGCCAUGAAAAAGCAUUGGCUGCAGUUGAGGCAGUGCAAGGACGCACUGAGCUUCUUGAUGAGGUGGGUUCAAGAUACCUUGAUCACUUGAUAAUUGAAAGAAAAUAUGCUGAAGCUGCUCAGCGCUGCCCAAAGUUGCUGCGAGGAUCUCCUUCAGCAUGGGAGAGAUGGGUAUUCCACUUUGCUCAUCUUCGCCAACUUCCUGUUUUGGUCCCUUAUAUACCUACAGAAAAUCCUCAGCUGAGUGAUACUGCGUAUGAGGUUGCCCUUGUUGCUCUAACUACCAAUCCUUCUUUCCAUGAACUUCUCUUGACUACUAUCAAAAAUUGGCCACCAACAUUAUACUCAGCUUCACCGGUCAUAUCUGCCAUUGAGCCACAGCUAAACUCCUCAUCGAUGACUGAUUCAUUGAAAGAGGCAUUAGCAGAAUUGUAUGUGAUCAAUGGUCAAUAUGAAAAGGCACUUUCUCUUUAUGCUGAACUCUUGAAGCCAGAAGUAUUCGAGUUUAUUGAGAAAUACAACUUGCAUGAUGCCAUUUGUGAUAAGGUUGUCAAUCUUAUGAUAGUGGAUAAUAAAAGAACAGUUCACCUACUGAUCCAACACCGUGAUAUCAUUCCCCCAUAUGAAGUUGUGGAGCAGUUGUUGCAUACCAGUAAAAACUGUGACAAGAGAUAUUUGUUACACCUAUAUUUGCAUGCUUUAUUUGAGAUAGAUGUACAUGCUGGAAAGGAUUUUCAUGAUAUGCAGGUGGAGCUUUAUGCAGAAUACGAGCCAAGGAUGCUACUACCCUUCCUCCGAACCAGUCAGCAUUACAGGCUUGACAAGGCAUAUGGAAUCUUUGCACAAAAGGAACUUGCUGUUGAAUUUGUUACAGAGCAACAUGAUGAUGAACUGUGGGAGGAACUGAUUAGACAAUGCCUCCAGAAGCCUGAAAUGGUAGGGAAUCUAUUGGAACAUACCGUUGGCAAUCUUGAUCCUCUGUACAUUGUCAGUUUGGUUCCUGAUGGCUUAGAAAUACCUCGGUUGCGGGAUCGUCUUGUGAAAAUUGUGACGGAUUACCGAACAGAAACUUCAUUGCGAAAUGGAUGCAAUGAUAUACUUAAGGCUGACUGUGUUAACCUUUUGGUUAAAUACUACCAUGAGGCUCGGCGUGGUGUCUACAUGGCAAGCAUGGACGAGGAGGACAUCUCUGUCAUCGUGUUCUACUGCUGCCAUGCAUAUCAUCUGUCUUGCCUUGAAGGUGGUUUAGACUCGAUGAGAUCAAACAGUAAUCAGGAUAGUGACAGUGGCACGGACGAUGAGGAUGGUUCCCCAUCAGGCCAGUCUCGUAUACGCUGUGUAUUGUGCACUACUGCUGCUGCAUAA